CACUUUUUGAUCAAUUCAAUUAUUUUCUUUGAGAUGAUGUUUAAAGUCAAAUCCAAACCGAAGAACACGAACUGCCUUCAAUUCAGAGAAAACGGUCCAUUCCUACCGCGUAUAGGAAGGGCCAUUAACCUUCUUCAACAUUUCACAAGUCAAUUGCAAAGCAAUUUAGCUAUGAAAAUAAUACUAGUAUUGGAGUAGUAAGUUAGUUGAUACUAAUAAAUUGAAGAGAUGACUCUUGACCAAUGUCACCAUGGCAGAAAUUAACAAGCUUCUUUUAUUGAUUUCUUCGUCCAAAUAAUACUAUACAAUAAUAUUCUCAACACCUUCCACAGCUUUACUUUCAGUUUCCCUGGCAGCAACAAGAAAAACAAACACUCAAAUUAUCUUAAUGUCUUCAGAUUCUGCUCUUCUUUCUCUACCUGACAAUCCUGUCAUUGUUGGGUUUGGUGGGGUUGGAGUUGAUCUUUUAGCAACAGUUGAAUCUUUUCCAAAACCAGACACCAAGAAUAGAACCACUCAAUUCAAGGUACAAGGUGGGGGAAAUACCGGAAAUGCGUUGACUUGUGCUGCUCGUUUGGGAUUAAAGCCAAGAAUAAUUUCUAAGGUUGCAAAUGACGCUCAGGGUAGGGUUUUGAUAGAGGAGCUAGAAGCUGAGGGUGUGGAUACUUCUUCAUUUGUGGUCUCAAAGGAAGGGACUACACCAUUUAGCUACAUUAUUAUUGACAACCACACGAAGACACGAACUUGUAUAUUCACAGAAGGAUAUCCUACAAUGGUACCGGAAGAUCUUUCGCGUGCGAAAUUGUUAUCUGCAUUGAAUGGAGCUAGAGUGGCCUAUUUUGAUGUUAGGAUGCCUGCAACUGCUCUUGUCAUUGCUCGAGAGGCGUUUCGCCAAAAUAUAUCCAUCUUAGUUGACGCUGAAAGGCCAAGGGAAGGAUUGAACGACCUUCUGGACUUGGCUGAUUAUGCUGUAUGCUCAGAAAAGUUUCCUCAGACAUGGACAGAGGCAUCAUCUAUACCAAGAGCACUAGUUUCAAUUCUUUUAAGACUUCCAAGACUUAAAUUUGUGAUUGCAACUUUGGGAAAAGACGGCUGCAUAAUGCUUCAGAAAUGCGCAGAUGCAGAGGGUUCUCACUUAGAAGAAGUGGAUGUGGACAACUCUAUGAAAUCAUUAACAAUGAGAAAGGAUGAUAGCACAACCAUGCCAACCUGCGUUGCCUCGAAUGUUACAAAAUUUAGAGCGGACGGGAUAGGAUCAGUAUGUGGGAGGUUAUAUUUUGGGACAUCUGAAAAGAUUCCACCAUCAGAGCUUAUUGAUACAACUGGUGCUGGGGAUGCAUUUGUUGGAGCAGUUUUAUAUGCUAUCUGUGCCAACUUCUCACCAGAGAAAAUGUUGCCUUUUGCAUCUCAUGUGGCAGCUGCUCAAUGUAGAGCUAUUGGAGCUAGGAGUGGUCUUCCAUAUCGCACUGAUCCAUACCUGGCAUCCUUUAUUAAUUAGAGCCUCAAAUAUCCGGUCAUCAAAAUCCUCAGCAUAACAGGGCUUCAGCAUGAAAAUGAGUCCUCAUAUUUUAGUUUACAAAAGUUAGUUAAUCAUUAGUUCAAAUGCUUGUACUUCUAAGUUUCUGGUACAAGCUUGUUUUCUUUGUUUCUUGUUGUUCUAAAUUAAAUUUAAGGAUUUAAUGUAAUAAACUUGUGAUGCAAGUCUCAGCUAUUCCAGUCUCUGUGAUGCUGCUGAGAAAAUUUGUAGAGACUUUUAUUUGAUGAUCUACUACAAAUGCUAUAAAAUGUCACUUUGGUAGCUUGGAAUCAAAUUUGUCUUCCUAAAGAAGUUGGUGGUCUAGGCUUCCAAAUCCAAUGUAUGAGAUCGUUAAAUUA